UGACUUACUAUAGGGGUUACCGUGUAAGCUCCAAAACAUAUGUAAACACAAAAGUACAUUCACAUGAGCCAGCUUCUCGAAUAACAGCAACAUGACAUGAAUGUAUGUUUCCUUUCGAGCUUUUCCCUAACCACUACCUUCUGAUCAGAUUUUUCAUCGGCGCGUAAGCAAACAGCUUGAGCGACAUGAAAACGUACAUGAUGAAGAGAGAGAUGCGACUGAAUGAGUGAGCUCGCAGUACCGACUGUUCCUUUUGAGUUCUUGUUUUGAGGUAAAAUCUGCGAAUCUUUAGUGUUUUAAGAGAGUGGGAGUAGUUAGGUAUUGAAAUACAGAUAUAAUGGCUGGAACUGGAGCAGAAAGGUGGGGAUCCAGACUGACUGGAAUGGUUGUGAUUAUUGCUUUUCUGGUUAUGGCUUCGGUUUAUGCUUUGGCAAAAGAAAAUUUGGAUCAGAAAGUGACCGAAGGAGAUGAAACUCAUUACGUAAUGAGAUUAUCAAAGUCUCAAGGGCAGCCUGGUCGAGUGGGCCACUAUCAUGUUUGGCCAGAUAUGAAAUUAGGCUGGAAGAUCGUAGUGGGUGCAAUAAUUGGAUUCUUUGGGGCGGCAUUUGGGAGCGUGGGAGGAGUUGGAGGGGGUGGAAUUUUUGUUCCGAUGCUUACGCUGAUUAUUGGGUUUGAUCAGAAAUCAUCGACGGCUCUAUCAAAAUUUAUGAUCAUGGGUGGAGCAGCAGCGACUGUUUUCUACAAUUUAAGGCAAAGGCAUCCUACUCUUGAGCUGCCCAUCAUUGACUAUGACCUAGCACUUCUAUUUCAACCAAUGUUGGUGCUUGGGAUCAGUAUUGGAGUUUCUUUCAAUGUGAUUUUUGCUGACUGGAUGAUCACAAUCUUGUUAAUUCUUGUCUUCAUGGUUAUGUCAACCAAGGCAUUCCUCAAAGGUGUUGAAACAUGGAAAAAGGAAACCAUAACUAAAAAGGAGGCUGCACUACGCUUGCAAUCAAAUGGUGUUAGUAAUGAUCAAGAGGUCGAAGUCAAACCAUUACCCGAAGGGCCAAGUGGUGGCACUCGUACAGAAGAAACAAAGGACUCUAAAAGACCAGAGGUCUCUAUUCUUGAGAAUAUUUACUGGAAAGAACUAGGAAUUCUUGUCGCCGUUUGGGUCAUAAUCCUUGCAUUGCAGAUUGCCAAGAAUUACACAAAAACUUGUUCAGCGUUAUAUUGGGUAUUAAACCUUUUACAGAUUCCGGUGGCAGCUGGAGUGUCUUUAUAUGAGGCUGUAAGCCUGUACAAAGGGCGGAGGGUGAUUGCAUCCAAGGGAGGAGCAGACAAAAAUUGGAGGGUGCACCAGCUGGUUCUUUAUUGUGCAGGUGGGAUUGUGGCUGGCAUUGUUGGUGGCUUGCUUGGUCUUGGUGGAGGAUUCAUUCUCGGUCCACUUUUUCUGGAGAUGGGAAUCCCUCCUCAGGUGUCUAGUGCCACGGCCACAUUCGCCAUGACAUUUUCCUCAUCCAUGUCUGUCGUAGAAUACUAUCUUCUAAAACGCUUUCCAGUUCCUUAUGCUCUCUACUUUUGUGCCGUGGCGAUCAUUGCAGCUUUUGUAGGACAACAUGUGGUAACGAAGGUGAUCGCCAUAUUAGGGAGAGCGUCGUUGAUCAUCUUCGUUCUUGCGGGCACUAUUUUUGUCAGUGCAAUAUCACUGGGUGGGGUUGGCGUGGUACACAUGGUUGAAAAGAUCGAACAUAAGGAACGGUUGGGAUUUGAAAGUCUAUGUACAUAUUAAACUAUAAUAUAUGUAUUUUUGAAGUGUUCAAUUAGGAUUUUUCAUUAAUGGCUAGCUUGCAUGAUAAUUCUUCAAUUAGGACGUAAAUGCUUUUGCAUGGGAUUAUAAAAAUAAUAAAUAAAUUAAGGCUGCAUGAAUGUGUUAUU